UCAGAGGUUUAUUGUCUGAAAUUAGUCGAAAAAAAUAAAUGCAAACUUGAUUGUCAUUUGUUAAAAAGAUCGUCGUAUCUCGAAGACACUUUUCAAUAUCUUUUUUCCUGUCAUAAUAAAUUUUCCAAGACAUUCUAGAAAGUGUUGUAAAUAUUUAAUUUACAAUUAGGAAAAAAGUAGAUUUAUCAGAAAAUAAUUCUGUAAAUUUCAAAUUAUUUAAUCUCAUUUAUAGAAUUAAAUAUUGUAGGAUGGUUAUAGAAUGAUAUCUCCAGAUUCGUCACCCGACGAAGAAGUCCUAAACGCCUAUGAAAUCAUCAAAUUUAAUGCAGACGAAACUUGGACAUAUAAACCGGGAAAUCCCUAUCGUAAAUCAAAUCAAUCUCUCUGGGUUAAGAUUUGCAAAAUUAAUCAAAGAUAUUUGGAGGAUGAGAAUAGAAAGAUUAGAAGGGUUCAGGACGUUAUUCCUGGAUCGAGAUUGGCAAUGUAUGGAAAUUAUGAAUACAAUGAGGAGCAAGAGAAAAAAUACAAAACAAUUGAGACUAUCAAUGAAAUUGAGGAAUACGAUAAUUUUGAGAAUAAUCAAAUAUCCGAACCUUGGAUGUACCCAGAAGUUGAAGAUCACUUCACCCGGUUAAGCGAACAAAUCUCUCAUAUUGUAUUUAAUAAUCAGUUAGUGUCCUUUAAAAAAAUCAACAAUUUAAAUUCACGGAUGUUUUAUUUCUUUAUUUUCAAAUUUCAAUUUUUAAUUGUACUUUGAAAAAACCUUCGGGGGAAGAAAUAACUUGUCCUAUUUGAGAUUGCAUUUAUACUUUGUGCAAAAAAAGAAUUUUAAAUUUCUCUCCGAAAUUUGAUUUCCUGAAUUCCUAAAAAGAAGCCACUUCUUUAAAUUUUACAAUUAUAAAAAUGUUUCGUCAUAUUUUUCACGUUGGCGAAGUUCACGUUUAUAAUAAACAAUUUAAAGGAAAAAAAAUUGUUUUCUAUUCCAAUUUUGAAAAAAAUUUUUUUUU